UGUCAUAUACUUUUAGUUUACUAUAUCAAUAGUCUGAAGGUCAUUGUAACGUAUUAGACAAGAAUCUAUACUCAAUUUGUUUUUAGUUUGAGUUAGUUCCAUGUAAACCUCGAAGCUGUGAAGAAGUAUAAAAAAGGUUCGAGGAAAAGUCCUCAUCGUCCAGGCAAACCAAGAAAACGGAAGUUCAGCGGUAAUCAACAUACUUUGGAAGAAGAUUUAUCUUUUACUAGUGCAUCAGCUGCAAAGUUGAAGAGUUCAAAUGACGAUGAAAUUCUCAUUGACUAUAAUUUUGGUUAUUGUAUAUUGGAAUUCUGUUCUGUUUUUUCAUCUCUUGCACUAAUGAUAAUAUGUGCUACAUGUAAGCAAAAAAUGUAAUUUUCUCGGACAGCUGCACGAGGACUAGGAUUUAAAAUUGGAGUACAAUGUGGCUGCAAAGAUACAUGUUAUAUUGAGUCAUGCCCAUUUGUAAAUAAAGCAUUUGAAAUAAAUCGUCGGAUCGUUACUGCUAUGAGGCUCAUCGGAGUUGGGAGAGAAGGUAUCAAUAUAUUCUGUAGUAUUAUGGAUAUUGGACACGGUUUGGCUAUUGGUACAUACUAUAAUUGUCUUGAUAAUUUAAAUUUGGCUGCGUCAACUAUUUAUAACUUGAUAAUUUCUAAAGCUGUGAAAGAAGAGAAUGAAUUAAUUACAGCCUCAGAUUCGAAUGCGGACCCUACACAUUUUACAGUUUCCAGCGAUGGAACGUGGAAGAAGAGAGGGUUCAAUUCACUUUUUGGAGUCACUACACUUGUAGGUAAAUACAGUAAGAAAGUUAUAGACACAGUCGUGAAGUCCAGUUUUUGCCAAGGGUGCAAUUAUUGGAAGAAUAAAAAAAAAGACGACAUCAGUACUUAUGAAGACUGGUAUAACGAACACGAAGAUUCUUGCGCAAUAAAUCAUCAAGGAAGUGCUGGGAAGAUGGAAGUUGACGCAGUGGUGGAAAUGUUUAGUAGAUCCGAAGAAAAGCAUGGAGUAAAAUAUGUGAAGUAUAUCGGAGAUGGCGACUCAAAGACUUUUAAAAGUAUUCUUAAUAUGGAUCCUUACAAAAGUAACCCUGUUGUUAUUAAAAAAGAAUGUGUUGAUGAUUCUUUAUUAGAACGUUGCUUGGGCAGCGAAACUCAAAAUAACAACGAGUCACCUAACUCUUUAAUAUAGACAUUUGCACCCAAACAUAUCCAUGCCGGGUCCCAGACAAUUGAGAUUGCUAAUUGUUUAGCAGUUUGCAUUUUCAAUGAAGGCUUUUAUCCUAUUUUACAAAUAAUGAGUCUAAUGGGAAUAAAAAUAGGUCUGGAAUCCCAUGGGUUUGCUGUUAGGCGCAACGCAGUAAGGAUUGAACGGUCUGAGGUUCGAGCUUCAGAUGCUUCAAAAGAGGAAAGAACUGCUCGUUAUACAGAGAGAAAUGCUGAAAACAGUCAAUAUGAAGUAGAGGAAGGCCAAAUGUAUGAAGCUGGGAUGGCUGAUUAAGAGAAUGUAAGUUAUACGUACUAUUUUAUCAGUUACGCUGCCUGAAACUGAACGUUAAACUUUAAACGCGUUUUUCUCGAAACUACUUUUUUCGAUACGGUGAUGCAGAUAUCUUAGGUUCUAAUCAGCCAAUUUACUUGAAAUUUAGCAUGAAUAUUCUUCAAUUAUCUCGCUUUUGCACUAACCGAUAAAAAUUGAAAAUUUCAAAUUUGUAAUAUUUUUAAAAAAUUGGAGGAAGUUGAA